AUGGCGUCGUUCGAUGACUUGGCGUUCACAGGACCACCUGCCGCCGAUGUACGCAGCCAGCAUCAACGCGAUCGAGCUCCCACGCUAACAACAACCGGUACUCAUUGUGCUAUCACUGUGCAGACUGCAGCGGCUUCGACGGCCACAAUUGUUGAGCUCUUCUGCAGAGAUUGCAACGAGAUUCCUCAAUCCACGACCGCAGAUGGUAAACGCUGCUUGAUCUGUGGCUGUGAGUUGGAGCGCCGGCAGCAGACCAUACCUGGCGCGAUGUUUGCCGCCUCCGAGACGAGUGUUCAGGAGCUGCAGGCGAUGGUGAUGCGCUUAUUGACAGAGAUCGGCAACGACUGGAACGGAGGAGGAGAUACAGGAGCGCGUCGUCCUGCGUCUGACGAGGCUGUGAGGAAUUUGGGGUCGUUCACUGCCGACCAGGCGUCGACGAUUGAAGUGGCCGUCGUCGUGGAAGGGAUCAAGGGCGAGGUGAUCGCUAUCCCCGGCAACUUUGGCCCGUGUGAGUCACUCCAGAAGUGCAGCGUGGUCAUUGCUGACCCUUUCGACGGCGCCAAACCCUUUCAGAAUGCCAAUGAAAUGAAAAACAAGAUCGUGGUGAUGACACGCGGAGGCUGCACGUUUGCGCAGAAGGUUCUUCGAGCUCAAGCUGCGGGUGCUGCAGGAGUGAUUAUCAUCCAGACUGUCGAUGUGUGGCCGUAUACGAUGACGGAUUCCACCGGAGAAAGCAAGGACGUAACGAUCCCCGCGUUCAUGAUGAGCGCGAAGGUUGGCAAAGGAUUUGUGGAGUUUAUCCGAGCUAAGCGUGACGAGAGUGUUUCAGCCGAUAUCAUUGUGCGGAAGGACGCUCGUGAAUGUGUUAUCUGCCAGGUGGAGAUGUCCAUCGGCAUGAAAGUCACGCGGAUGCCAUGCCAGCACAUGUUCCAUACAGGGUGUCUGCACGAGUGGCUGCAGAUCGGCAACUCGUGUCCAAUUUGCCGUGUUGAGAUCGCGGCCAAACGCACGACUCAUAACAGUUCAUCCACCUCUCAGAACGCGCAGCAACGUGGUGACUUUGCUUGGAGCGAAUGGUUUUCCUGA